AUCCGACACAUGUCAAAUAAAUACCCUUCUGCAAAACUUACGCUGCUUAACCUUAAUUUUUCGCAUUGUAUGAAACGUUCGAACACAUUUUGGCAAACAUAUUCAAUCAUGAAGUUCAUAAUAAUUGUUAACUUAUUGCUCCUUUGUGACACCGGAUUAGCUCAAACCAACCCAGCCGAUGUCAGAAUUGAGGGUUACAUUCGAGAGAAAUUUGUCCAAUUCAGGGACUGGUUUGUCAAUCAUGGUCACACCGGAAGCGAACAUGACUUCUCAGGGCUACGCGUGGUAAAUGUGUCCGCCACAUUUUACGAUUUUAACAGUAAUCUCAGCGACGCCAAGUUUCACAUUUAUUGGCCCGAUUUAAGGACAACGUCAAUUUGGUCAAUUUCUAACGAGGGCAGUCUCAGGCUGGAAAUGCUUCCUGCAAGUAACCCGAGUAUAGUUGGAACCCACUCUACUUCUGGGACCGAUAUGGGCAACCCCUUAACCACCGUGGGACCCUUCAACCAUACCUACCUUGGUUUCACAGCCCGUCUCAAUAUCAACUACCAAUUAGUCGAUGGGUACAUGAUUUGCGACCCAACUCCUAACCCAUCCUACUCCACGGGGGCCACCCGAAUGACCAGAAUAGAAAAUCUGGUUCCCUCCGAUCACCUCUUCUAUCGUGACAUAAUGGAUGCCUAUGGUGACCAGAUUUGGGUCACCAAAUACUCCCAAGAUAUACCAAGAAUGCCGGGAUUAGUGGCGACGAAGCAAUUCUUUUGCGAAAAAUUGGCGGAAACCCCAUUCGACGACAUUGCCAAUCCCACAAUUCCUCCAACUUCAACCACUACGAUGUCAACGACCAUUCCAACUACGCCGGCGACAAUUACUUCAUCACUGGCGCCCAUCUCGACCACUGAUGACCCAACAACGACAAGUGUCACAUAUUCUUCCACGAUGCAGGAUACGACCACUUUUACACCGAGUACUUCCACCCAGGGAACGGGGGCGGGUGUCAGAUGGGAGAUUAGCUCUAAAUUUGUACUUUUUCUAACCCUCUGUAUAAGUAUAUUCCACUUUUCGUAUAAUUAAAUAUGUAUAGGUAACUACGGAAUAAUAUCCCUGCGAUUGGAGCUACUGUUGGAUCAAAAUUUUUGGGAAAAGUGCUGCAAAGAGUACAAAAUCGAUACCAACUUUCAACAGAAAUUUUGAUCCGAUAAGAUGUUGUACAUAUGUCUACAUAAAUUAUGUAAAAUAUGUGUAAAUAAACUGCAAAUUUUCUACUUGUUCGUAA